AUGUCAACCGAGUCACUUCCCAUCACUCCAGGAGCCUUCGCAGAAGCCAUUAAAGAACUUCCUCUGGCAGUCCUCUACAGCAAAGUCUCAGAGCUCACAAACUCCAUCGCCCACCUGGACCGCUCAAAUUCCGAGCUCCGUGCAUACUUGGCUGAAAGCAACGACUCCGAAGAAGAGAAGAAAGAGAUUCAAGAGUACGUUUCUGAAAAUGAUGGCGUUGCCGUUUCUAUGAAAGAGCGCAUUGGACUGUUGAAGACCGAGGUUGAGAAUCGGGGCCAGCCAUGGAUUGAGCUUGAGGAGUUGAAGAGGGUGGAAGAUGAGGAUGCGGCUGAAGCUGCGGCACCAAAUGGGGAUGGGAGUGCGGCUACUGGAGCUACUGGGGCCACUGAAGCUACCAAUGGAGGCCAAGAUGGAGAAAGCGAGGAGGGAGUCUAUCUGUGA